AUGGAUACCGCACUCAAAAUCUCACUGCAAAGGAAUCUCCACAAACGGGCCAAAAUUGACAACCUAUCCAAGAGCCUUCUCUGCUCUACUAGUUCCCGCCUGCUCAACGGAAACAGCCCAAAUCACGUCGAAACGGAGAUGUAUCUCCAAUCCCACUUUAAUACACCCUCCGCCCUCUCGUUUACUUCCAGUGUCGCGUUAUUUGAAUAUGUGCCCCAGGCCGAGGACGUCAUUGUCUUUGACGAGCUCAUCCAAGCAUCAAUUUUUGCCGGGAAAUCGACUGUCUUCAUUGCAGUAGAGAGCUUGUAUGGCAUGGAUGGGGAUUUCUCUCCCUUGCCGCAGACCGUUGAUAUUCUCCAUUGCUAUAAACCGAAGGCAUAUAGACAUGUGGUCGUGGAUGAGGUACAUACAACCGGGCUGUAUGGCCCCAUGGGUGGGGCGAUAAAAAGCGCGUUCGAGUUCAUUUCUGGCCCUGAAGGUGAUAGACUUCGGAAAGAAGUUUAUGAGUGUAGCCAGUACCUUGCCGCCGAACUCCGGCUAGCUUUGGAAGGCGUUCCAGAAUCCGUCCUGGCCAUGUGCGCAGCUGACAGAAGCAACGACCCCCUUGUCUCGCCAAUAUUCCCUUUGCUCACGAGUCUGUCGCUGAAGCUAGUGGAAUAUCUCAAUUUCAAAGGGGUACUCACCCGAGUGAUUCCCUUCUCCACUGUACCGAGGGGUCAGGAGCACAUUCGAGUAGUAAUCUAUACAGAAAACACGUUAAGUGAUAUUGAUGCCUUCAUUGUUAUUCUCCUCGAUUGGGUGGUGUUUCAUUGCGGGCGAAUCGAGACGAAGCACGUGGCUGAUUCCAACCUUCCCGGUCCGUCUAUUCCGGUUCCUUACCUCCUACCACUACACCAACCACCUUCUUUGAUGAGCAAGGUGAAAUCAUGGUUCUACGCCGUCAAAAUUGGGAGAAUCAAGGGUAUAUACUCAUCAUGGACUGAAUGUCAAAUCCAGACUGAUGGAUUCCCUGGCAGCAAGUACAAAAAGUUCGUGGCCAAACAGGAUGCAGAAGACUACAUCGGAUCUUCGCAUGAGACCGCAGUCGCUACUCGCAGUGCCUUUGCGAAGAAGCCAGCUGGAUACUACGCUGUGAAAGUCGGGAGGAAUAAGGGUAUCUACACGACAUGGACGGAGUGCCAACGACAGAUAACGCGAUUCUCGGGAUGCAAGUACAAGAAGUUCCCAACGAGGAGGGAGGCAGAGCAAGGGAAUGGCAAGAUCGGUGCUAUUGCGGGUGUAGGUGUUUGGUGGAGCCAUGGUGAUUCGCGCAACAUCUCGGAACGAUGUCCUGGGAGACAGUCCAAUAACCGAGCGGAACUAAUAGCGCUCGUACGCGUUCAUGAGCAAACGAUGAAUAUGGCGACCCCGCUCACCAUCAAAACUGACUCAAAGUACUCCAUCAACUGCUUGGAGACGUGGCUUCCCGCCUGGCAGGUGAACGGGUUCGUGGGAAGCCAUCGCAAAAAACCCAUCGAGAACGCGCCGAUCAUUCGCUACCUCGCAAAGCUCCGUGAGAGGGUGCAACGGCUCGGACGGAAGGUCGCUCUGGAGUAUGUUCCCGGGCACACGGGUGUCGAAGGGAAUGAGGAGGCGGAUCGAUGUGCCACGGAGGGUACGUAUCUCGCGGAUGUUGACGAGCCAGACUGGGUGUCUUUGAGGACGGAACUGGAUGGGAAGAUGAAUGAAGAGCUGGCGGAGAGGAAGCGGAGGCUGUUGUUUGCCUAA